UUAAGGCCUGAUAAGGGUUUAAUAGAGGUAUAUUGAUUUAGGGGAACUGAAAAUGGUGGUGCAUUAUUUUACGAUGUAUAUGAUGGUUUUUGUUUUAGUGCGCAGGUGUUGUUUCGGUUUCGCUGCAAUGGCUGUGGAUGAUACUCUUGCUUUCCGCGCUGCUUUUCGCCAAUAUUAUAAGGCAUUUGGUGAAUUCGAGGAAGAUUUGAAGCGGUUUCAACUUCAGACGGCGACCAGUUUUUACAAAUAUGACGUUUUGACCGCUGCGUCGUAUAAGAAGAGGUCCGGUCAAGAGCUACCCGAUGGGAUCCGGUACAAAUGGGUACAAUAUCGUUGUGUCCAUUGCACCUGGAAAGGAGACGGUGGCAGUCGGUAUGUCAGCCUCGGUUGUAAAGCGAGCAUAUCCAUCAGUGCUAAGGGCAUUUACUAUGAGAUAGGCUCGCAUUGUCUGGUGCAUAAUCAUAAUUUUCACUUGGGGAAUCCAAGUUUGUACGUGGGUAACCGGCGUCUGACUCCCGAGGCGGAGCGGCAAGUGUUUGAUUUAAUGCAGUCCUUCCGUAAUACCGGAGAAUUGCGAGACUAUGUCCUGGAAAGAUAUAACAAACGACUGAAUCGACAGGACCUAUUUUCCAUCCGCCAUCGCUUAGGUGGGUAUCUAAGGGGAAUGAUGUAAACGCGGUAGCGGAAUUGUUGAGUAAGAACGGCGCUGUGCGUGUCGAAAGAGAUGGGUCACAAGUGCGAUUCGUAUUUUUCGUUCCUGCUUCAAUGACUUCCAUAGCGGCGAAAUACGGCGACGUACUUCUUGCGGAUGCGACGCAUCAGGUGAACUGCGGUGGUUAUAUUCUUUGGCACUGUAUGGUGAUUGACGGUUUCGGCGUAGGUCGCAGCGUGUUUUACGCUUUAAUGCUCAACGAGACAGCAUGCAGUUACCUGGAGGUUGCUCGGGGCAUGUCGGAAAUGUUGCCCACCACCUUGUCAGCGAAGACUAUAGUCAUGGAUAGGUGCCUGGGUCAAAUGAAGGCAUUUAAGUCAGUAUAUGCACGGAGCACGGUAGU